AUGAUCCGCAGUGUCGGUGUUCUUCUGGCGGUUUUCGCCGUCCUAGGGACACAAGGAUGUGUACAGCAGGACUUAACGUUUAUGGUAGACUCAUCACAGGGGGUGGGGGCGGAUAACUUUCGCAAAGAACUUGAAUUUAUAAAGUCUACCAUAAGUGACUAUGAUGUAUCUCCAGGCUGCAUUCGGAUAAGUAUUGUGACAUAUGGCUCUACAGCUCACAACCAAUUUUACCUGGACAGGUAUCAAACCAAGUAUGAAAUAUUGAAUGCCAUUGAUAGCAUCCAAUAUCAGCCAGGUCGACCGUAUGCUACAGAGGGUCUAAAGUUUAUGACAGAUGAGAGCUUCAGCUCACUUCAUGGUGCACGUCAAGGUGUGCCUCAUGUUGGUGUGAUGGUGAUGAGUACUCCUCCUAGCAAUUCUCAAGCGUUCCAACAGGAAGCCCAGCGUGCCAAGAAUGAAGGGAUCAAACUGUACUCGGUUGGUGUUGGAAGUGGUGCACACUUACCCCAGCUUGCAACUGCUGCCAGCACUCCAUCCAGCCAGUACAGUAUGACUGCUCAAAACUUUGACUCUCUCUCCGAUUUAUCUUACCCACUCUACCAUGCCAUCACCAGCGAAACUCCAGCACUGUCCACAAACACAGCCCAGUGCUUGCAGCGUGCAGAUCUCGUAUUCCUAGUGGACAGUUCUGGCAGUAUUGGGAGCAGAAAUUUCCUCAAGCUCAAGGACUUCCUUAAAGGCAUUACUGGUCAACUGAAUAUUGGCCCAAAUGCAGUACAUGUAGGUCUGAUGCAGUACAGUAACUACCCUUCCAUGGAGUUUCCUUUAGACACCUACACUUCGCGUGGAGAUGUAAUGAACGGCAUUGACAACAUGAAAUACAUGCAAGGAGGCACCAAUACUGGCGACGCCAUAAAGUACAUGACCAGUCAGAUGUUCUCGCAGAACAGUGGUGCUCGUAGUAAUGUACCAAGGAUUGCUGUCGUGAUCACUGACGGCCGAUCUAGCAGCUCUGCUCUGACUUCUUCUGCAGCUGAUCAAGCUCGUCUAGCUCAUAUUGGGAUGCUAGCUGUUGGUGUAGGUUCUGGUGUUGAUAUGAAUGAGCUCCACAGCAUUGCAGACAACCCAGAUAGUCAGAAUACCUUCACAGUGAACAGCUAUGAUCAGCUCGACUCUAUCUCCUCUCAGAUUAUCAACAAGGCUUGUCAAGUUUCAGCCACAUCUGCUCCAAGAGUGACAAGUUCACCUGGUGGAACUCUUAGCCCUGACCCCUGUACUGACCUUCAAUCCAAUUGUAAGCAGUAUGGACAUGAUGUUUGUGUGAAUUAUGCACCAUGGGCCAAAGACAAUUGUGGUCGAUACUGUGGAUUUUGUCAACCUCUCUAUACCACUGCCCCACCUCCUUGUGUGGAUCGCCUCAACAACUGCCCAAGUUUUGGCACAGAUGUAUGUUUACAACCAACAUACAAGGGUUGGGCCGAGGACAACUGCAGGAAAUUCUGUGGCUUCUGCGGGCCAGCUACAAGUGCUGUUGGAUUCUUUGGACAGUGUAAUUACAAGGGAACCUCCUACAAGCAUGGAGAGAAGUGGACUGAUGGCUGUGACUAUGAAUGUGUCUGUGAGGAUGGAAACAGUGGACGCUAUCGCUGUUACAACAGAUGCCCCCUGUAUUAUAACCUGCCCCCACAGUGUACCCUGGUAAGAAGUCCUACAGAGUGUUGUCAGCAACCUGUCUGUAAUUUCAAUUCCAACAUCAACAAGAUUGAGGUUACUGCUCCAGCCACAAAUUCCUUUGGAAUGCCUGUGUGUGCUUACAAGGGAAAACAGUAUUUUGGGGGUCAGACAUGGGACGAUGGCUGCCAAUACCAUUGUACUUGUGCAUCAGGUUCAACAGGGCUUGUCCAAUGUCAAGAUCGUUGUCAAACCUACACUAACCUGCCACCUUAUUGUCAUCUGGACAAAAAAGCAGGAGAGUGCUGCUCCAAACCUGUCUGUGAGUUUAGUACCCAGCAAGGCAGUUUUACAGGAACUGGAUCUGUCAGUGGCCUGGGAGUAGGACUUACUCCAACACAGCCACCAGCCUGUGCUGAUGUCCUCCCCAAUUGUGACCGUUAUGAAAAAACAGUAUGUGGUAGCUUUCCAGGUUGGGCUACAGAUAACUGUCGAAAACACUGUAAUCUUUGUGAUGUGAAACCAACACCUGGUCCGAAUGACACCUGCCUUUACCAAGGUCAUAUCUACCAUCAAGGUCAAGGUUGGAGGGUGAGCUGUGACACUGAAUGUGUUUGUGAAAAUGCUGCUUACGGUUACUAUCGAUGUGUUAACACCUGCCCAACCUACAAUAACCUUCCACAAGGAUGCUACGAGACAAAGAAAGCUGGAGAAUGUUGUUCCACAGUUCAAUGUGAUACAGGUUCCUUUCUAACAUCCACCAAUAACCUCAACACCAUUGGUAACGGUGGUAUGAUCACCAUACAGAAUCCCAGUAAACCACAGAUUGCACCAACACUGCCCUCUGGUGGCAAACCACAGCCUGGAACUGGUGGCACAGGCUUCACGGCUCCUACACUAAGUGGCUGUCUAUAUAAAGGAAACAUGUACAUUCAAGACCAGAGGUGGGAUGAUGAAUGUGACUACUCCUGUCAGUGUACUGAUGCCAAAACUGGCUAUUACACCUGUACACAGAGGUGUCCAACCUACCAAAACUUGCCAAUUGGCUGCCAUAUGUCCGUGGAUCCUGAUGAUUCAUGCUGUCAGAAACCAGUCUGCAACGACCCAUCCACACCCCUCAUUCCAUCCUUCCAACAGGGUACCAUUGGCCACGGUGUAGUAGAGCCCCCUAGUGUCUCUGACCUGUACAACAGUACCUACAACACAAUACACUAUGUAAACAUCUUCACCAGUAAUGUUGUGGCUCCUACAGCACCCUCUGUCACCUCCCGUCCUGGCAUUGGUUACUGUAUCUACAAGGGUGCGAGACAUAACCAGGGAGAUACUUGGCAGGAUGGCUGUACCUACAAUUGUGUGUGUGAAGAUGCCUCCAUUGGCAAGUGGAGAUGUACUGAAAGGUGCCGAAAGUAUCCCAAUCUGCCAGUUCCAUACUGUCACUUGGUUACCGAUCCUCAAGAUUCAUGCUGUUCAGUGCCUUUUUGCAACUUCACACAGACCAUUAACUCAUUCAGUGGCUCGGCUGCCCCGAUAACCUAUCCUCAAACAGCCCAACCGAUCACAACCACCCCAGUUCCCACUACUCCUAGACCAAAGGUGUGUAUCUAUAAUGGUAAGCAGUAUGCGCAGGGACAGCAGUGGUAUGAUGGCUGUCAGUACAAAUGUACAUGUGAUGAUGCAGAACACGGAUUCUUCAGGUGUACCAAUAGGUGUCCAGAAUACAAAAAUGUACCUGACAGUUGUACAAUGGUGAAGGAUGCACAAGACCCUGCUUGUUGUUUGGUGCCCUAUUGUAACUUCCAGACGACGUCCAGCUCCCAGACUGGUAAUGGAGUCGUACCAUCCUUACCUCCAGGCUCCUUCCAAGGACAGAGUCCAGACCAAACCAACCCUGAUAUAGGCUUCUGUUUGUACAAAGGGCAACAAUAUCUACAGGGCCAGACCUGGUUGGACGGAUGUGAGUACAGCUGUACCUGUCAAGAUGCAAGAAAAGGACUCUACACCUGUAAUGACAGGUGUCCACGUUAUGGCAGCAUCCCAUAUCCAUGUAAAUUGGUAACAGAUUACCGUCAACCAUGUUGUAAGAUCCCAGAUUGCCAAUUUGGUGGUGCUCUUGGUGAGAUUAGCGGCACUCUUACUCCAGCACCUUUUCCAGGCUUCACCAACGCCCCAACCCCAGGGGUACCUGGACAGCCUGGCCAACCCACUCCAUCACCAACACUGAAUUACUGUCUGUACAAGGGUGUUCAGUACUAUCAAGAUCAGACCUGGGAUGAUGGCUGCGACAAGCGAUGCCGAUGUGAUGACUCAUCAAAGGGUCUCUACGUCUGUGACACUAGGUGUGCAUCUUAUGCUGCUAAUCUCCCAGCAGAAUGUCACAUGGUUGUGAGUCCCACAGACAGUUGUUGUCGGGAACCAAAGUGUGGCAUCCCAUCUUCUCUACAGAACAUCACAGGCACCAUUCGACCAGACAUGAUUCCUACACUAGCUCCCCCAGGCGUUUUCACAGGCUCUGCCAACACCCCUACUCCCAGACCAAACAUUGGCCCUAACCCAAUUGCCACACCUGCACCAAAGCCUCUUAAUUAUUGCGAGUACAAGGGUACAAAGUAUAACCAAGGCCAGACUUGGGAUGAUGCUUGUGAUCUUUCCUGUCAGUGUAUUGAUGCCAGCACAGGAAACUACAGGUGUACAGAGAAAUGCCCUAAGUAUGGAGCAUUACCUCCACAGUGUUAUCUCCAGAAAGACCCUGCUAACCCUUGCUGUUCUAAGCCUGAAUGUACUUUCAACCCGUCUGCGAGUCAGAUCAACGGUCAGGCCACCACUUUAGCUCCAGUACCAGGCCAGUCUAUUGCACCGACUCCAUACCCUGGGUACAAACCCACACCAGGUCCUAACCCAUCCCCAGCUCUCCCUAAAGAUGUGUGUCAGUAUAAAGGAAAGAGCUACACUCAAGGACAAACAUGGUAUGAUGGCUGCGAGUAUAUCUGUAACUGUGAAAAUGCACCGGCUGGAGUCUAUAGGUGCAGCCAAAGAUGUCCACAGUACCAACAGGCUAAUGGUUGUACGCUGGUCCAAGACCCUCAGGACCCUCUCUGCUGUAAGGUUCCAGAGUGUAACAUUCCACCACAGUACAACAAUGCCACAGGAUACAUUCCUAUCCCAACUCCUCCCCCCGGGGUCAUCACUGGAGGCUCCGUUACACAAUCUCCAACCCCUGGUCCCGGUAUACAGCCUACCCCCGGAGGGAACCCAACCUUAGCUCCAGGAGUAACCCCAACUCCUGCCCCAUCCUUCUGUCAGUAUAAGAACCAGCAGUACACACAGGGCCAGAAGUGGCAGGAUGGCUGUGAUUACAACUGUGAGUGUGUGGACGCUAUCAAUGGCAGAUAUCGAUGCACCGAACUGUGCCCACGUUACCCUGCAUUACCUGCUCAGUGUCGUCUAGUGGCAGAUACCAUUCAGCCUUGCUGUAAGAAGCCAUACUGUGAAUUCACUGGUACUGCCAAUAAUAUCACCGGAACAGUCACCUUAUCUCCGAAUCCCAUCAACACGCCAGCCCCUAUCCCUGGCCAAGGUACCCCACAAGUUGGUCCUACACCUGCUCCCAAUGCUCCAGACACCUGUUUGUACAAUGGUGUCCCAUUCAAGCAGGGUGCAACUUGGGAUGAUGGAUGUGACCUUAAAUGUGUGUGUGAAGAUGGCGUGAAGGGAUUUUACAGGUGUAGUGACAGGUGCCCACGGUAUAACACACUGCCAGACGGUUGUGUCCUCGUUACUGAUCCAAGAGACAGCUGUUGCCGAAUUCCUGACUGUAAACCUGUUGCCCAGACAACAAAUGCCCCAACUCCAGGAUCUGGCAUCAACCCCACACCAGGAGUUAACCCCAACCCCUACCCAAACCCUAACCCAACUCCAAAUCCAAGCUCCAGCCCGAUGAUUCCUUCAGUCACAAAUGUAAUUAAUGGUCAGGGUGUUACCCCAACUCCAGGCCCCAAUAUGCCUCAGCCAACGGGACCACCAGUCUGUUUCUACAAGGGAGUGACAUACCUGCAAGGACAGAGCUGGAAGGAUGGUUGCGACUACAAUUGUGUGUGCACUGAUGCAUCCACUGGCAAAUAUAGGUGUUCUCAGAGGUGUCAGAUCUACCCUAACCUGCCCAGUAACUGCCGACUAGCCCUUGAUCCAGCAGACCAGUGUUGUAAAGUAGCUGUGUGUACGCCGACCCCAGCACCUGGUGUGACACCAAACCCUAAUCCCAAUGCCACCCCCAAUCCUAACCCUACCAUCGGUCCACAACCUGGAUAUACAAACCCUGGUCUUCAGCCUUCAGUAGGUCCAACACCGAACCCUAAUCCAUUACCUCAACCAACACCAAAGAAUGUUUGUAUAAUGAACGGUCGUCAGUACACUCAGGGACAACAGUGGUAUACAAAUGGUUGUGACAGGACAUGUGUCUGUGACGAUGCUACUACUGGUUAUUACAGAUGUUAUGACAGAUGCCGAAAGUAUGACAGUAUUCCAAGUGGAUGUACUCUAGUGUCUGACCCAAAUGACCCUCAGUGUUGUAAGGUUCCCCAGUGUAUCCCUACCCCAGGGGUGAACGGCUACCCCACACCUGGACCCACAGAUGCACCACAACUCAUAACAGGUGUUCCAGUAGGAAUCGUCAACGGCUAUGGUACCCCAACACCAUCACCUAACCCAACCCCUGUGCCAGGACAGACGCCAAACCCCAAUCCACAGCCAACUCCAGCACCUAAAGAGGUGUGUGUUUAUAAGGGAACAGAAUACCAUCAGGGCCAGAGAUGGGUUGAUGGGUGCAAGUACACUUGUGUUUGUGUGGACAGCAAGACAGGACACUAUGAAUGUACUGAGAAGUGCCCAGUCUAUCCAAGAUUGCCACAAUACUGCUCCUUGGUCCAGGACCCCAUGAACGUCUGUUGUCAGAAACCUCUGUGUGACUUCAACAAUAUUCCCACUCCAGCACCAUUGGGUGGUCCUACUCCUGGUCCUAACCCAACACCAGGCUUAGGUGGCACUACCAUAGAACCAGGGCCAAAUGUUGGAUCAACAAUGGAACCAGGACCAAUAUCCUACUGUGUGUACAAUGGGGUACCCUACACUCAGAGCCAGUCUUGGAAUGUUGGCUGUACAAAGAAAUGUCGAUGCGAUGAUGCUUCCAAAAACUACUACACUUGCUUUGACAGGUGUCCAAUAUACCCAGCUCAACAAGGCUGCACUUUGGUCACAGAUCCAAAUGAUGCCUGCUGCCAGAUUCCACGAUGUGUUGUCAUUCCUACCCCAGGGCCGAGCCCGAACCCAAAUCCUAACCCAAAUCAGACCCCCAAUCCAAACCCUACUCUGGUACCACCAGCAUACACCCAAGCACCUAACAUUGGACCAGGAUUGACCCCAGUGGCAACUCCAAAUCCAUCACCAGUACCAACCGGUCAGACUGGUGUCAUCAUUGGAAAACCACAAAACCCUCAGAAUCCUUCCGGCAGGUGUAACUACAAGGGUGUUCAGUACGUUACUGGACAGACCUGGAAUGAUGGGUGUACCUACAAGUGUGAAUGCCUCGACCAGAUCAGUGGCCAGUACAAGUGUACUGAGAGAUGUGCACGAUUUGUACAGAUCCCAGCAUAUUGUGUGCUAGUAUCUGAUCCCAAUGACCAGUGCUGUCGAACACCAUCUUGCCCUAACCUCACACCAACCCUUAAGCCGGGUAAUACACCCACCCCAGUUCCAGGAAUCACCCCAGUUCCAGGAAUCACCCCAGUCCCAGGAAUCACCCCAGCGCCAUCAGGGAAACCACCUCUUCCCAAAAAUGUAUGUGUGAUGAAUGGCAAGUCAUACACUCAAGGCCAGAAAUGGGAUGAUGGAUGUACCCGUACCUGUGUCUGUUCUGAUGGAGUUACUGGUCACUACACCUGUACAGACAGAUGCCCUCAAUACAACAACGUAGCUCCCAGCUGUGUCAUGGUACCGGAUCCAUCUGAUCCCAUAUGCUGCAAGAUCCCACAAUGCAGCACUCCAGGCCCCAACGUCAAGCCAACUGGAAUCGUCGGAACAAUCACUGGAAACAACCCUUACCCAACUUCUCAGCCUACUCCUCAACCUAAUCCCAACCCAAAUCCAAAUGUAAACCCUACACCUAACCCUAACCCCAACCCUAACCCCAACCCCUACCCUUUUCCUACUCCCUAUCCUGGCGGUACUUACCCACCAUACAUGCUGACAGCCAUCCCUGUGCCUGGAACCACAGCUGUCCCUGUACCAGGGGUUAAUCCUACACCCGGUGCUACACCAAAGGUUUGUGUGUACAAGGGUUCAAUGUAUCAGACAGGCCAGCACUGGAGAGAUGGCUGUGACUAUGAUUGUAUCUGUGAGGAUGGUGCAACAGGAAAGUACAGGUGUACCACUGUGUGUCCAAAAUAUCCCAACCUUCCAAGUGGUUGUCGCUUGGUGAUGGACAUGAACAACGCAUGCUGUCAGAAAGCGGACUGUACACCAGUAGCUGGUACUACCGUGUCUCCCAUUCCAGGACAGUCACCAACACCUAACCCUAACCCAACCCCUGCACCAGCAUUCUGUGUGUUCAAUGGUAUCCCAUUCAAGCAGGGUCAGACAUGGCAGGAUGGCUGCAGCAGGACAUGUAAAUGUGAAGAUGCCAUGAGCAGACAGAUUACGUGUGAUGACCGAUGCCCCACCUAUCCUUCUCUGAAGGCAGGCUGUACUCUGGUAACAGAUCCAGCAGACCAGUGUUGCCAGGUACCCCAGUGUAUCAAUCCAGAUGCCACCAAUCCUCUACAAGUAGUUACUGGUCCAAAGGGCACCAUUGAGGGCUCCAACCUGCCCCAACCAGGCAUUAACAACCCUGGCACAACAGGCAAAUCUAAUACUUGUCUGUAUAACGGAAAAGUCUACCAGCCUGGCCAGACUUGGGAUGAUGGAUGUACUUAUCAGUGUGUCUGUACUGAUGGUAGUACCGGCCACUAUCAAUGUACUGAGAGAUGCCCAAGGAUUCCUACUGUACCGUCCACCUGUACUUUGGUGAAGGAUACCAAUGACCAGUGCUGUCAAAAUGUGUACUGUCCGAAUGCUGUCCCCACUCCUGGACCAAAUCCAAACCCCAAUCCUACCCCCAAUCCUAAUCCCAAUGGACAGCCCACUCCUAACCCAAACCCAAAUGCCACACCGAAUCCUAACCCAAAUGCCACACCGAAUCCUAACCCAACUCCAGCUCCCCAGCCAAAUGUCUGCCAGUACAAGGGCCAAAACUACCACCAGGAUCAAACAUGGUAUGAUGGUUGUAAUGCUAUAUGUCGCUGUGAGAAUGCUGCAACAGGCUACUACAGGUGUCAGGAGAGGUGUGCAAGAUACCCAAGUGUGCCGUCUGCCUGUACCUUGGUUCCCAGUCCAACAGACCCAUCUUGUUGUAAAGAGCCAAGCUGUCCCGUGAUUCCAACAGCUGGCCCCACGCCCACACCAGGGUUCAUACCUAACCCUAUGACUCCUAAACCCGGGGAGAUCACUGGUUUGGCACCUGUACCUACUAAUAUGCCAACUCCUGCACCAGGAGUCAACCCCACCCCUGGAAUAAACCCUACUCCUGCUCCUCGCAAAGGUUGUUACUACAAGGGAGUUGUCCACUCUAAGGGCUCCACCUGGGAUGAUGGAUGCCAGUUCACUUGUGAAUGCCUGGAUGAUAACUCUGGACAAUAUAGGUGUCUUGAGAAGUGUGCGAAGUUCCCUAACCUGGACAGCCGUUGUGUCCUUCUACAGGACCCCAACGAGCCUUGCUGUAAGAAGCCAUAUUGUGACCUUGUCAACCCGACCCCAUUCCCUAACGGCGCCCCGACUCCCAGACCAAACAUUGCUCCAACACCAGGUGGAAUUGCACCAAAUAUGAUGACCACACAAAGCCCGUACCCCACUACACCCCGUCCAGGAUUCUGUGUCUACAAAGGUGUGGCCUACACCCAAGGAAAGCAGUGGAAUGAUGGCUGUACCAAGAAGUGUCAGUGUGAUGACUCCACAACUGGUUACUACACAUGCCAUGCUCGUUGUCCCUCUUACCCACAGGUGCCCAGUUCCUGCGUGCUAAGGACUGAUCCCAGUGACAGCUGCUGUCUCGUACCUGAUUGUAAUCAAAUCUUGACUCCAGUCAAUCCCACUGGCCAGACUGGCACUAAUCCUAUUUAUGUCACUCCAGGAACUGGAACAGGGUCUUCAGGAUCUGGAACAACCCCUGUUCCACAGUAUGUCUACCCAACUCCAGUUCAGCCCGGAAGUUUCACAGGCACAGGGUCAAACCCGAAUCCACAGAAUCCACAGAAUCCUGUACCAGGCAACACAGGCACAAGGUCGGUGUGUAUCUACAAGGCCCAGACAUACACUCAAGGACAGACAUGGGAUGAUGGUUGUCAGUAUCGUUGUGAAUGUGUUGAUGCUGUGAGAGGACAAUACCGCUGUACUGGCAGAUGUCCGCAGUACUACUUCCUUCCACCUCAGUGUACGUAUGUUCAGGAUCCAAACGACCAGUGUUGUCAAAAAGCCCGCUGUAAUACUAACCCAGGGGCAACUCCACUACCUCAGAUUACACCAAGUCCUUCGGUACCCGUUGUUGUUCAACCAGGUACCAACCAACCUCAGACAGGUACUGGGUCACCAGUUGUUGUUCAACCAGGUACCAACCAACCUCAGACAGGUACUGGGUCACCAGUUGUUGUUCAACCAGGUACCAACCAACCUCAGACAGGUACUGGUGUUCCCUACCCCAACCCUCAGACAACGCCAAUAUCUGGAACUGGCACGGUAUGUGUUUACAAAGGCAAAACCUACCCUAAGGGACAGAUGUGGAGAGAUGGCUGUGAUUAUCAGUGUAUCUGUGACAACCCUGCUACCAAUGCUUACAGAUGUGUUGCUACGUGCAAGUCUUACUCAACAAUUCCCUCAUUCUGUAAGCUGAUCCCUGAUCCUGCAGACCAGUGCUGUGAGUUGGUGUCAUGUACAGCUCCUAAUGGUCAACAGCUGACCCCUAUGUUACCAUCAAAUACACCAACGCCUUCUCCCACUCUCACCCCUAAUCAGUUACACGUCGUGCCCAUCGGAACCCAUGACGUCUUCACUGGAACUGGACGUCCCCCAGUAGGCACGGGCACAGGUUCGACUGGAGGAAGAAAUGGAUGCGUGUAUAAAAACCAGGUGUACACCCAGGGCCAGUCAUGGGAUGACGGGUGUAAGUACACCUGUGCUUGUGAAGAUGGAACUGAUGGUCGCUAUAGGUGUGCCACAAAAUGCCCAAGUUAUCCUGCCAUUCCUAAGUACUGUACAUAUGUGAAUGUGCCUGGUCAGUGUUGUCCCAGUCUGUCCUGUAACAGUCCAGACUACGGAAAGUACACACCUACUCCACAACUUGUCCCCAGCCCACUCCCAAGUAUUAACCCCGGCUCCCAGCCAGGGCAGGUGCCUACCCCUGGAUAUAACUGAUGUGUUGUAUAUUUUAAAGAGUACUGCAUCUACAAGAACAAACUAUACAACCAGGGCAACCAGUGGAAUGAUGGCUGUGACUACAGUUGUGAGUGUUUGGAUGGCCGAAGUGGAUACUACAAGUGUAAACCAUUGUGCCCUGUGUAUGACAAGUUACCAAGUCAGUGCUUCAUGGUACGAGCUGCCGACCAGUGUUGUGCUCAGCCCAUGUGUAGUAACCCUGAUGGGUCACAGGUCAACCCACUGACUGGUCAGUCUCCUUACCCAGUGUAUGGUUCCUAUCCAGGUGGAUUCACCGGUUUCAAACCUUCCUAUACACCAGGCCAGGGAUCUUCCAGCCAAAUUAGUGGCAGCAACUCUGGCUGUGUCUACAAGGGCGUACUGUAUAGCCAAGGCAAGAAGUGGGAUGACGGCUGUGACUACCAAUGUACAUGUACCAAUGCCAACACUGGAGUGUACACUUGCUAUGCCAAGUGCCCAACAUACACUAGUAUUCCAUCUGUAUGUAAGAUGUUCGAUGUUCCUGGCCAGUGUUGCCAGGAGAUUCGCUGUGACACGUCAGGUGUACCCACAACACCUCGUGCCCCUCUGCAGCCUACCCCCGUUCCCCACCCUCAUCUUGACCCCAACUGCUAUGAUCUCAUUGAUAAUUGUGCCAUGUAUGGACUGAGUGCUUGUGGGUCUAACUAUCAGGCCUGGGCUCACAAGAACUGUAACAAGUUUUGUGGCUUCUGUACUUCAAGUGUCACAUCAGCACCAGUUAAAUGUGAAGACAAGAUCAACAACUGUGCUAACUAUGGCAAGUCAGCAUGUACAGGAAUUUACAAACCAUGGGCAACAGACAACUGUGUCAAGUACUGUGGCCUUUGCACUGGAACUGGCUCAGUCUCCGUCAUUACCUCGCCUCCUGCUACCCAGGGUCCAGUCACAGGUCAGUGUGUGGACAAAUUGAACAACUGCCAGAACUAUGAUGCAUCUACCUGCCAAGACCAGAGGUACACAGCCUGGGCCCACGAAAACUGUCCCAAGUUCUGUGGAUUCUGUACUGGAACUGGUACUGUAUCACAGCCUGUCAUCAUCAACGCUCUACCUCCUCAAGGCUGGUUCACCAUGCUGAAGGGUGUUGCUGGUGCACCAGGUGACCUCUUCACCAUCUGGAAUCGGCCAGGCAGUUACAAUGAAAAUGUCCCUCAGGCCAUGUAUCUGACCAACCAGUUCCCAGGCCACUACAAACCUAGUCUCAGUGACCACUGGAAUGACCUCUGCAUCGAUCAGGUGAAGGUGUCCAUCUACAACGGCGGCCAGGAGAAGGCUUACAUUACGUUUAAUGCUGUUGGUGCAGACAAGAACAGCUGGUUCUCAGCUGAUAGGAUCAUCGACUCCUCCUACACUGAUAUACGUAAUGCUCCUAAAGAACUCUUCAGUCUGUUGGGAGAUGUAACAAGUGGACGUGAAUUUACGAUGAACAGCCAUUCCAACAGCAAUUGUGACUCCUAUGGAUGGAUAAUGGUAGCAACUCAAAGUGGCUGCUCCUUUGAAGCCAGUGCUGGUAACAAGCCAGCUUUCCUGUAUGCCCCAGGACAAUCCGCUACACAUUGGGGACAAGCUACUGGCACUGGAGAUGUGUUUGCUAUUACUGCUCAUGGAAACUGUGGUGCCUCUAUACAUUCAACACAGGCCACAGGCUUCACUCAGAUGAGUAGAGCAUGUAUCUACAAAAAUCAGAUCUACAAACAAGGUGAUCACUGGACAGAUGGAUGUGAUUAUAACUGUACAUGUGUUGAUGAGACCACUGGACGAUACAAUUGUGUCAACUUGUGUGCAACCUAUACCAACCUGCCACAAGGUUGUACUUUGGUGAAGAAGCCAGGAGAAUGCUGCGCCCUACCUGAUUGUGGUAAUUUCACACUGCCAGGCAGCGGUCAAGGUUCAGGUUUCUGCUACUACAAGGGACAGAUGCAUGGACAAGGUGAACAAUGGAAUGAUGGCUGUGACUAUAAAUGUACAUGUCAAGAUGCUACAACAGGGACAUACAGGUGUACAGACAGAUGUUACCAAUGGAAUCUGCCUGCUGGACUGUGUACUUUAGAGAGUGCACCCCCUGGAAAGUGUUGCCCUGUGCCCAAGUGUAGCUCACAGGUAGUGUUGCAAUAUCCACCGGGUUAUGUACAAGAAUGAGAAU